AUGGCAACCCGCUGGGGAAUCUGUGGAGCUGGAAACAUCAGCCAUGAUUUCUCUUUCAUAGUUGCAGUUGCAGCAAGAAGCCUAGAAAGUGCAGAGAAGUUUGCAAAAACUCAUGGCAUCCCAAAAGCAUACGGCAGCUACCAGGAGCUGGUGAAGGAUCCAAAUAUUGAUGUGCUGUACAUCGGCGUUCUGCACACACAUCAUCUGCAGGUGGGUCUGCUGUUCCUCAACGCUGGGAAGAACGUGCUGUGCGAGAAACCCUUCGCCAUGAACCUCCGAGAGGUCAGACAGCUCGUCUCGGCCGCCCGGGAGAACAACGUCUUCCUCAUGGAGGCGGUCUGGUCCAGGUGUUUUCCCGUGUACGCUGAGGUCGGCAGGCUGCUCUCGGAGAGCGCCGUGGGGCAGGUGAAGAUGGUGAAGGUGUAUUUCGGUCUUCCUCUGCUGGACCGCGAGCGCGCCACACAGAAGGAGCAGGGCGGAGGAGCGCUGAUGGACAUCGGCAUCUACUGCCUGCAGUUCGCUCUGAUGGUGUUCAAGGGGGAAAGACCAGAAUCCAUCCACGCCACGGGAGUCCUGCUGCCCUCAGGUACAGUAAAUAUCACCAUCGCAUUAGUUACAGUGCAUAUUCACUGUGCAAAAUGCAUCUAUCUGAGAUGGUUCUUAGUGGCGCAUCCCAUGCACUGCCCAACCGUUCUGGAGUUGAACGGGAAAAAGACAGAGUUCCCUCUUCCUGAACCCGGCCUGCCUCUGAACUUCCAUAACAGCACCGGACUGAGAUACGAGGCGGAGGAAGUGAGGCGCUGUCUGCUGAAAGGACUGAAGGAGAGCAUCAAGAUGUCACUCACAGACUCAGAGCUGCUCAUCGAGAUCAUGGAUGAGGCCCGGAGACAGGUGGGCGUGGUUUAUGAGCAGGACAGCCAAUGACUGGCCUCCAUUCCUUGAUUGACCUGACUGGAUGGUGCAAAGAAACAAUCAUGCUUGAACAUGUGUGUAAUGAAAAGUCUUGUGUGUGUAGUCGUGGAGACAAAUUGUAUGCAAUUAAAGUGACACAAACACA